AUGGUAUAUACAAGGGUUGGUGUUUGGAUACCUCAGUGUCCCCCAAAGAACUGGGAGGCUAGGUCGUGGUCUGGAGAUGGGAGACGGCCAUCAGGAGCGCUCCACUCACUGGGUUCCCUCACUCGAUCGAGCUUGCGGCUCCUCUUCUUCCUCUUCUUCAUCGAAAGUGUGUGUGGCUUCCUUGGCCUUGGUGGAGCAUGGCUAGCUCGUACUGUCCAUAGGGGUUCCAUCUACUCCGGGGAGGCUCCUGGUAAGGCGUGGGAUCGUAUUCAAAUCCCGGAUCCUCGAACUGGGGCUCCUCCAGGUCAACUCGACCGUCAGCUCGAUCGAGUUGAGUUUCCUCUGUUUGGACUCGAUCGAGUCCGGUGGUCGAGCUGGAGCGUCUGGCCUUGGAAGUCUUCCUCCUUCUCUGCGUGUUGUCUUCUCCUUCUCUCUAAGGAGUGGUGGAACUACUCCUAUGGGAGCCUUCUUCUUCUUGCUUGA